CUGCCCCUGCCCCUGCCCCUGCCCCUGCCCCUGCCCCUGCCCCUGCCCCUGCCCCUGCCGCCGCUGCCGACCCGGCCGAGCACCCCUUUUCGCCCGAUGACGGCCCGGUGCUUUUCGACCUGGCGCUGGUCGAGCAGGCCAUUGCGCAGCUGACCAGCGACCUGCCGGCGUCGCAGCGCACGCUGGCGGACCUCGCCCAGGCCGCCACGGACCUGGCGCACAGCACCGCGCUGUUCACCUUCCUCGCCAAGCAGAGCCAGAACCAGGACCGCGACCAGGAAAAGCCAAAGAAACCGCAGUACAGCCGCACGUUGGCCGGCGAGCGUGCGACCUUCGGCAACACGCUGGCGGCGAAGCUGUCUGUGAAGACUGAGGAGCAGCAGAAGCUGGAGAACCAGCGCCAGGAGGGCGUCGACCAGUGGCGUCGCCAGCUCGAGGAAGAGGAAAUGCAGCGCCGCACGGACGCGGAAACCCGUGAGCGUGAGCGUGUCGAGAUGGAGGCUCGUAUCUUGAGAGAAACCGACGAGCGCAAUGCUGCUUUGCGCGAGCAAAUGACCAUGGAUGCAGCGGUGAAUGCUGCGGCGUUGGCGGAGGAUGGCCAUGGUAAGCCGAAGAGAGCGAGAAAUAAGAGAGACCAUGACCAGGCUGUUGCGGAGCAGGACGAGUACGGGUAUAAGCGCACCCACAGGAGCAAGCCGACAAUGCAGCAUCGCCAUAGGGUGCAUGAUGACGAUGAUGGCCUGGAGAUGGAGAUGGAGAGAACUCCGUCCCCUGCGCCCAUCAAGUACAAGUCAAAGGCCAUUGUCACUGACUCGGAGGACUCGGCUGACGACAUUGGCGAUGAUGAACGCAAUGACAUGAUGGAUGUUUCCAAGAACAACAACUAGCCUUAUGCUUGUUUUUUUGCUUUUUGUUUUUUUUGUUUUUUUGUUUUUUGCCCACAUAUGCUGUGUUGGUUGCGAAUACAAUUUUUUUUGGUUUUUUUAACGACCACCAAUCAAGCUUUUAAGUUAUCACUCACCCUCACUCAUUUUCAUUUUGCUCGCCGAGGCAGUUGAUGAUGAUGCGCAAUAUUUAGGCCUGCCGCAAUAAUAUCUCCUGUUCCUAAAACCACCGUCUGAUUUCAAACAUUGAUUAUUCCGCUGGGCGGUGGAACCACACCAUCCCAAAGAGAUGCAGCCAUUAACAGACGUUAAUUUUAUGUGUGUGUGUGUGUGUGCGAUCAAACCGUAAGGAGGGGAUAGAAGAAUAAAGGAUAAGCUGAAUAAUUGGUGCUGCUUCCCUAUUAUUAAAUAU